AUGUCCCGAAUCGCUCUCAUCCUCAAGCCGCAUUCGCAAACCCUCGUCGCGCCCUCGAAGACGGCAUCGCGAUUCAUGUCAUGCGCCCAUCGACAGCCCGAUGCGAGAUCAGAAGCACAUGUUUGGGGACAGUACCAUCGCGAUAGCGCGGAGAGGAGGCAUCGCGCGCCGGCGAAAAGCGAGGCACAGAGCGUGCAGGAUGUCUUCAUACGCGCUUUGGUAGUAGCCAGCUCCUGUUCGCGUCGCCGGGGGAGCGAAUCUCGCCCAUUCAAGUGUCAUCGGAACGCCUCAUCGAUACAUCGUCCACACCGUGCGGGUGUCUCGAAUACCCAGCGCCGCUCGCUCAGCUCCCAAAUACCGAGGAGGCAGACUGCAGUUGCCAUACCUGAUCCGCCAGAGCCGAGUAUAUCGAGGGAGGAGUACAAAGAGCUGAUUGACACCUACUCGGAAGACGAGCACAAAUGGCCACCAAAGUCUGGUACAAGCGAGCCUGCAGGCGUGAAGAUAGAAGAAGUCAAACCAAAGCAUUACAAGCUGGCCCCUCGUCUGGUCGUCACGCCGGAGCAAGAAGCGCCUCUGUCACACUCAGAUCGGGAAGUCUUUCCGCCAGAAGAUGAGGACCAUGCGGCGCAGCUGAAGUAUUUCGCGAAACUCCUCAGAAAGCCUAUGGGCUCCGUCAAGCAUUCCACAUUAUGGGACGUCUACGAAAAACUUCCAUCACCCCGGACACGAUAUGUCACAGACCAAAGAUACAGAAUCUUCUUCCGCCACUUGGCCUGGCGCGAGUUCAGAGCGUCCAGGGAAGCAAUGGAGCGAUAUUUUGCACUUCUGAACGAGUGUACGAAUGCAGGUGUGAAUAUAGACAACGGAGCUUGGAGCGGUGCCAUGGCGUAUGCGGGAAGAUGCGUGCGCGUUGUAACAAGUAAGGAGGUAAAGGCAGCUAUCGAGACAUGGAUGCGGAUGGAGGAUGCAGGCCAUCGCGCGAAUGCCUUUACAUUCCACAUCCUACUAGAGGUAGCCAUCAGAGCAGGCCGAUAUGCACUCGCGGAUACUAUUCUCAUGGAACUCAAGGCACGCAAAAUACCGCUCAACAGGUAUUUUAGGAACACUGUCAUCUUUUAUGCUGGGAGGCGGCGGGACGGCGAUGCCGUUCGACGGGCUUUUCAAGAACUCGUCGACGCAGGGGAAAUCGUCGACACCAUUGCAAUGAACAUUGUCAUCUCGGCGCUUCUUCGCGCUGGAGAGCUGCCAGCGGCAGAAAAUACAUUCCUACGCAUGAAGACGCUCCACGAAGAAAAGUUUGGCAACCUUCCCCCUCAGGACUGGCGCGAAAGGAAAUCACUCGGAAAACUCCUCAGCAGAGAGGGGGAGACCUUGCGAGAGCAGGAACGACAACACCAAGCUUCAUUUUUUGGCGCACCAUUUUCAAUGGAGGAUAAGAAGGACGAAAUCCAAAAAGUCACGCCGAUCGCUCCAGACUCUGAGACCUACCGGACGCUGAUCAAGCAUCACUGCGACACCACUGGUGAUUUCAAGAGGGUUCGUGAGCUUCUGGAGGAGUCAAAGAGAAAAGGACAUAACAUCCACGGAAGCGUCUACAUUCACAUUCUCCGCGGAUUCGCCUUGUACGGUGGCUAUGCAUCUUCUUCUUGGCACCACCAGAGCUUGGAACAAAUCUGGAGCGAAAUGUUGGAGGCAUGCCGUCCUUUUGGGGCGGGGGAAACGGAAAGGAUCCCACCGCCAAAGCAAGAGGACGAUGACAUCCCUGAUUUGCUCGGCACUAUGAUAUCCGACAAGGCUAGGGAAUUCCACGAGAGUGCACAUGACGAGAUGAUGGUAGAAGAGGAGUCUGAGUUGGAGCGACCUUUGUACUUUACGCGGACCAUGGCGUUUGCCACAAUUCACGCCUUCUAUAGAUGCAUGGGACCGACGCGUACGCUAGAGGUAUGGAGGCAGAUCCUUGCGAAGUGGACAGAUGCCACUGAUGAUGAUAAAGUUCGGGUGCAGAGGGUUGUUGAUAAGAUGACUGCCGGGGGCGGCAUGUACCUAUGA